AGGAGCAUUGCCCUGCCGGAGAUUACGGCCAUCGCAGAAGCUGGAACGACAAGAACGCUAACAAGGCUUUGAUGGAGGAGCCCUGUGUCGGCGAGUACGCUAAUCGCAGGUGCUGGAACGACAAGACGACGAAAGCCUUGACGCAGGCGUCGUGCCACAACGAUUACUCCAUCAGCAGCAACUGGUACUACAAGAUCAGCUCAAAGCGUAUGAAGGCAAAGGAGGUUCAAGUCAUCCCGUGGGUGAUAAACGAUUCGAACUACACGAAAUCCACCUCCCAAAAAUUGGAUCCUAGCAAAACGGUGUUCGUAGGCGCUUUGCACGGCAUGCUGAACGCUGAAGGUCUCGCCAAAAUCAUGAACGACCUUUUCGAUGGUGUAGUCUAUGCGGGCAUAGAUACUGAUAAAUACAAGUAUCCCAUCGGUUCUGGGCGAGUCACCUUCAACAAUCAGAUUUCCUAUACGAAAGCGGUAGCUGCGGCCUUCAUCGAAAUCAAAACGGCGAAAUUCACCAAAAAAGUGCAAGUCGACCCCUACCUGGAGGACUCCCUCUGCUCGAUAUGUCAGGUGCAGCAAGGCCCCUACUUCUGCCGCGACAUGAACUGUUUCCGCUACUUCUGUCGCACCUGCUGGCAGUGGCAGCACGCCGGCGAGUACCGCCUCCACAAACCGCUCAUGCGCAACUCGAAGAACAGCCAGGUGGUCGGCUUGGGCACGGUCGCCGUCAUGCCCACUUCUCCAGGGGUGGGGGUGGUCUCGUCCUCCGCCUCCUCCUCGGCUUCUUCUUCUUCGAGCUCUGCCGUAUCGGCGAUCGCCAAUUGAGCAUAAGCAAGUAUUAGCGCUCACUUUGUUGUUGUUGUUGUUUUUUUUGUCUCCGCGGUUGAAGGUUUGAUGCUGUUGCGCGGGAGUUUAUUGGAACUGUUUGAUCGAAUGGCACUAUGAAGAUUAACUGUUGACGGGGAAAUUUUGGUAGGUCGAGGAGUUUAGAACGAGCUGUGUCAAUCACAAAAACCUGUUGUUUAUCUGUCAU